AUGACUGGAAUAUCGCAUCUGAAUGCUACUGUCGUUCCAGGCAAGACUGACGGUACGACACAGCGCAUUCUACCGCCGGCCAAUACUCAAUCUCCCAUUCGCACUGAUCCACCAAGUUAGUACAGCAAUUAUUAUAAAAUUGAAUCGUGUACAUUAUAAAGUUAAUUAUACAUUUCCGAAAUAGCGUCUGUCACUUUGACCGAAACAACGUAUCCGACUGCUAUGAAGCAACACAUUCUACCACCAGCCAAAACACAACCCGUAACCAUUUCGUCAAGUGAGUAUAGCUUUAAUUAUAUUAUAAAACUAAAUUCUCAACAUCGCAAUCGUGUACAUUAUAAAGUUCAUUAUACUUUUUCGAAGUAGGGUCUACCACUAUGACUGGAAUAUCGCAUCUGAAUGCCACAGUCGGUCCGAGCUCGACCGGCAGUAAUACGCAACGCAUUCUACUGCCGGCCAAUUCAAAAACUCCCGUUAGCACUGAUCCGCCAA